UCUCUUCCCUAAAAUGCUUCGCCGUCGCAGAUCAUCGAAGAAAAGCUGCUCUGAUUUCUGUGAGAGAGAGAGAGAGAGAAAAUCUGGCGCCGGAGCUCUGAGUAUGGCGGCGUAGGCGAAGCAAGGGGCACGCCCUGGCAGCGCAGGAUAGCCUCGACUACUGCAAGUGACUGAUGCUUGGAGUACUUUGUGCUCGUCCUAAGCCUUGGAUCCUCGUCUCGCUAUCGAACUUUGUUCACGGCUCGGCCGCUCACCAUCACCACCACCAUCAAAGCCGGCUACUCGUUCAGAGUCCAAUCCAAUUCGAUCGGCGACAGCGCCACCAUUCCAGCGCCUGCAAGCUCGCGGGCGGCGGUGCUGCUUCGAUAUGGCACGCUAUAUUGCCCUCCGGUGCCGGGAGCAGUAGCGAUCUCCGGCGUCCGGCGAUUCACUGCCAUGAGCGCAAGGGGGAGGGCUCUUGGAACGUGGCGUGGGACGCGCGCCCGGCCCGCUGGCUUCACCGUCCUGAUUCAGCCUGGCUGCUGUUUGGCGUCUGCGCCUGUAUUGCGCCGCUCGAUUGGGUGGACGCAAAUCAUGAGGCUAUCUCGGUAGAUCAGAAGAAGGAAGGGUGUGAAUCGAGCGACCCUGGCUUCAAUCAAGACGACGAAGGCUCCGCGGAUUACAGGGUCACAGGCGUGCUAGCGGAUGGUCGUUGCCUGUUUAGGGCAAUCGCUCAUGGAGCUUGCUUGAGAAGUGGGGAAGAAGCUCCCGAUGAUGAUCGUCAGAGAGAACUCGCUGAUGAAUUAAGGGCUAAGGUCGUGGAUGAGCUAUUAAAGAGGCGGAAGGAAACAGAGUGGUAUAUUGAAGGAGACUUUGAUGCGUAUGUAAAGAGAAUUCAGCAACCUUUCGUGUGGGGUGGAGAACCUGAAUUGCUCAUGGCAUCUCAUGUCCUGAAGACUCCAAUAUCAGUAUUCAUGAGAGAGAGAGGCUCAGAUGGUCUGAUAAACAUAGCCAAGUACGGUCAAGAGUAUCAGAAGGGUGAGGAAAGCCCCAUCAACGUGUUAUUUCAUGGGUAUGGUCACUAUGACAUUCUGGAGACUCCGUCCGACAAAAGUUCACCCAAACUAAGCAUGUAGAAAUUGAAAACUGCUUGCAAUCUGGGAUUAGACAGACAAUUCAUUCACAUUAGGAGUAGACUGCUUUCUCCAAAAUUUGAAUAAACUGCCUUACUUUCAAUAAUUGGCACCAGAAACCUCAGUUCAAGCAAUUGGCUGGUAAAGUUUUGUAGGUAAUCGUUUUCUUGUUACGCUUAUUAUAUUCUAAAUUUGGUGUAGACAUCAUCUUUGUAAUCCCAUUCUGGGUGUUCUGGUGCAUUAUUUUUCCUGAGUUCCAUUGAUGAUUUUCUUGAAAAUAUAAUGGAAAGGUGGAUUUCUGCCAUU